GCAUUUGCUAGGUUCAGUUAGGUUUCAAAAUGGCGGCACUUGAAUUUUCCGUAUUUAAAUAUCAAUUAUCGUAUUCAGUGUUUGUGAGUGAAGUUUUCGUUUAAAGACACUUUCUUUACCUGUUUAUAAUUUAUUUGUAACGUAUUGAUUUUUCGUGUAAUGCAUAUGAUUGUUCAAGUCAAUUUUAUACAACUCCAUUUUUCGUAGGUUAAGAAGAGCUAUCAAUAAUAGAAACUAUUUAAUGUUCUCAGUUCUUUCUAUAUAGUUUAAGAAAAUAUUUUAGGAAAAAUGUCGACUUUGUAUGACCAGAUAAAACUUCUUUACGAACAAUCGUUAUAUUCGAAUGUUAUUUCACUUGCAAAUUUAGUAUUGUCACUCAGCGAGCAUAAUUCAGAUUUAUUGCCGAUACAUGGAAAAUUCCAUAUUUAUGUUUAUUAUGCAGAUGCUCACUUUUACUUGGGGAAGUAUAAGCGAGCUGAAGCUCUUUAUAAAAAAUCUUUACAAUUUCGCAAGUGUUUAUUGAAAUCUAAGGGUGCCACAAAACCUUUAGAAGGUCAGAAGGACCUUCUAACUGAUGUUGACAUAAAAUAUCAAAUUCAUUUGUGUUUAUUAAAAUUAAAAAAUUCUCAAGAGGCACUACAAGUGUUGCAAAGCAUUCCUGGCAAACAGAGAACUCCAAAGGUAAACAUGGCUCUGGCAAAAAUGUUCCAAGAACAAGGAAUGGAACGUUCUGCAAUUACAACAUAUAAAGAAGUGUUAAGGGAAUGUCCAUUAGCUCUAGAAGCUGCUGAAGGUCUACUUUCUCUUGGAGUGAAAGGAAUUGAAGUAAAUUCGUUAAUUGUAGGUUGUGCAUCCAGUCUUUCAAAUUUAGAGUGGUUGAAUACAUGGAUCAAAGCUCAUGCUCAUAUACAUAAUAGAGAAUACACUCAUGCAGUAUCCACAUUAAGAUCUUUAGACAAUGUUAAUUUACUAAGGGAUAAUUUCAAUUUACUAACAACUAUGGGAGAAUGUUAUUAUUUUGCUGGAGAUGACAAAAAUGCUUUGUUAUGUUUACGAAGAGCUAGGAUUAUAGAACCAGAUGUUAUGAAAGGAGUUGAUAUUUAUGCAGCAGUAUUAUAUAAAACACAUCACAUUAAGGAACUUGAAAGACUGAUACCGAUAAUGACGGCGAGCAAUGAAUGCACUGGAGAAAUAUACGUUGCUAUGGCAUACUCUCUGUAUGCUGCCAGAAAACUUGGCAGAGCAAAUACUUUGACAGCACAAGCUUUAAACUUAAAUCCAAACGAUAUAGAGGCAACGAUACUUCGAGGAAAUAUUCUUAUCGAGCAAAAGAAGUAUCAAGAUGCAUUAUUUUUUUUUAGGCACGCGGUACAAUUAAAACCAUAUCGUUACGAACCUCACAAAGGUUUGGUAGAUUGUCUUGUAGGAAUGCACAGAUUACGAGAAGCUCUUAAUAUCGCAAGUGGAUCUUGUAAACAACUUGGGCAUACCGCGAGAGUUCUCACGCUUUAUGCCUCUGUACUUAUGAAGGAUCCAGUUUCCGUUGGUAAAGCAAAAAAUCUCUUGGAGAAGGCAUUACUGCAAGAUGAAGUUUAUUUACCUGCAGUUUAUUUAUUGGCUGAAAUAUAUGAACAGGAAAUGAACUUGGAAGCUGCAAUUACAUUACUUGAAAGACAAGUGGAAAUUCAGUCAACGUGUAAAUUGCAUCAAAUGCUCGGAGAUCUUUGGGCGAGAGUUCACAAUGAGGAGAAAGCUUUGGAUCACUACGCCAUUGCUUUGAAUCUAGAUCCCAGCAAUAGAAGGGCGUUGGAAGGUAUGCACAGACUAGAUAAUUCUUCAAAUAAGCUGGAUUCAGCUUAUUACAUGACUGUGGGUGAGGAACAAACAGAUACAACGUACGAUGUCGGCGAUGGUUUACCGGAUACUGAUAAUGAUGAGGCGCCCGAUGAAAGUGAAACUGAAGCCGUGUGGUCCGAUAUGGAUCUUGAGGCAAAUAAAAUAUUGUGUACAUAGAAUAAAAGUACAUACUACAGAUAGUUUAUUUACACACUAUACAGGAUUGGAGAUUCAUGGAAUCAAUAAUACUAUUAAUGCGCGAAUUUAUCAAUCGACGUACAUCGUACAUAAGCUUAUUUACCUAUUUUGAGAAAACAGGAAUCGCGCAAAGGACAAGUUGGCAGGGUUGUAUAACGAGGAAUAGGGCCGUACUCGUCAUGACUUAUUCUUAAUUUUUUGUAUAUCUCUUAGAAUGAAUAAAGUCACGUAUACGUACCCUUCCUACAGAAAAAAAAGAACGUUUGGAUUCGAUGUAUUAGAAAACGCAGAAUUCAGUCUUAAAGGUAGGAAGCACGCGUAUUUCCUAAAUAGCUCGCUUUGGUCUUCGAACUGCGUUCACGUUACGUGUAUGUAUACGUUUGUACAUGUAUUUCAUCGCAUCACCCUUAUUUGAUAAUGUAUAUAUUUGUAAGCAUCUCAACGAGACUAUGAUCAUUUACGAUGCAAUCGAUAUACAUUCGAAGAAUAUUCAGGACGCGAAAAUUAAUAAAUAGGAAUGACCAGAAAAUAGUUGGGCAUUAAGUUUGAAAAAAUGCCACCUGGGACAGAAUCAAUACAUAUAAUUGAUCGCUAUAAUGAUCAUUCUUUACUAUUCGCGAGAAGUUCCUUGUCGCAAUGAUGCACACUGUUCUUUGAAA